AUGCCUCGUCGAAUGAAUUCAGUCAGUAAAAAUAGUGACGAAAACUCUAUGAAGAUUACAAGUUCUGAUAUAUCAGGUCCAUUUUAUUCAAUAUCAGAUGUUUUGUUAGAUGAUAAUCAUACUACAUCAUCAGCUAAUCAUAGUACAAAUAGGCCUAAUACAGCUCCUAUAACAACAACAACUACCGGCAUGGGCAAUAGUGAAACAGAUUUAUCUAAUCCCAGAGCUGCUCGACGUAAUGUGAAUGAAGCUGAAGUCAUUGUUACUGCUGGUGGUGCUUCACUCCCUAUUCAAAGAAAGUCAAGAAUGCUUCCACCAAAAGAUCCACAAGAAGAAAAAAAGCAUUUGCAAGAAUACGAAACAAUGAUGAAAAAAGCAAAGAAAAUAGAAGCUAGGAAAAAGAAAGAAAUGGAUCGUAAGAAAGAGGAAAAGGAUAAAAAGUUGAGUCAUGCAAUUUAUAUUUGGGAAAAUGAGAUUAUUCCGAAUUGGAAAAAGUCGCUAAAAGAAAGGAGAACGGUAACUCUGUGGGAUCAAGGAAUACCACCUAGAUGUAGAAAAAAAGUAUGGAAACUUAGAAUAGGAAAUCAGUUAAAUAUCACAAAGGCCACAUUUUCAGAAAGUAUACAUCGUCUACCUCUUCAUUCAAAUUAUACAAAGAAAACGAAUGAUUAUUAUCAAUUGCAUGGUGAGCCUAUGCCUAUUAUUGUGAAUGAACCAACUAUUUAUGAUCAUAAUGAAUCAUCUCUAUAUUCGUUGCGAAGACAGCGAAGGACAAGUAGUUUAGAUGUGCUACGAGAAGCGGAAGGUGUUACGUCUACAGUAGAUACUACAGAUGACGAAGUGAGCGAAAAAAAGACCAAUAUUACAAGUCAUCCUCAAUCUUCUUCAUCUACCUAUUCAUUUACAACAGUGACUAAUACUAGUGAGACCAGUAGCCAACAUGAAGAGCAGCAUCAGCAUCAGCAUCAGCAACAGCAACAAUCUACUGGUACUAUUUUAGAUACUGACGAGGAUACAAAUUAUACUAGUUCAGAUGAAGAGGAAGAUCCAGACUUGGUUCUUUCUGAAGAUGAGCAUCAGAAGAUGCUUCUAAAUAAUGAUCCAACCAUGAUUAAUUUUUUAAACAAAGCAAUUGAUGAAGAUAUUUUACGUACUUUGCCUAGUUUAUGUGUAUUUCAGGUUUGA